AUGAGGAUGAGGCCCGCCCUCGCCCUGCUGGGCCCUGUCCUGGGGCUGUUCUGGGUGUCUGAAGCUCGGGCUGAGGUCCUGGUGCAGCCUGACUUUGAUGCCAAAAAGUUCUCAGGCCUCUGGUAUGUGGUGGCCAUGGCGUCAGACUGCAAGGUCUUCCUGGACAAGAAGGACCACAUGCUGAUGUCCACUCAGGCCAUCGAGGCCACUGAGGAAGGCGGCCUUCAUGUCCACAUGGAGUUCCCUUCGGCCGCCGGUUGUCACCAAGUGGACGCCGAGUACCUGAAGGUGGGCUCCGCUGGCCACUUCAGAGUCCCAGCCUUGGGCUUCCUGGACGUGCGCAUCACAGACACGGACUACGGCUCCUUCGCGGUGGUCUACAUCUACAAGGAGCUGGGGGGGGCCCUCAGCACCAUGGUGCAGCUGUACAGCCGGACCCAGGACGUGAGCCCCGAGGCCAUGAAGGCCUUCCAGGACUUCUACCCCACCGUGGGGCUUCCUGACAACAUGGUGGUCACUCUGCCCAAGUCAGAUAUCUGCUCCCCAGGGGCCCUGGCCACCACCAGUAAACUUUGGGUCUGUGGCUUCGCCUGUUGGGGCGUCUCCUGUGAGUGGGUACAGGGUGUGGCUUCUCUCAGCGCCACGUCUUCGGGGUUCUGCACGUGUGGGGAUGUCAUUUCUCCUUAUAGCUCAGUCAUCGGCCGUUGCCUGCACGGCCCGCACCGUGUGGAUCCUCCACACAAUGGACACGUGGGCUGGACGUUGUGA